GGGCCGAGCCUCGCGGCGCUAGGGCCGGCUGGCCUCCGCGGGCGGGGGCAGCACACUGAGGGCGCGCGGAGCCUGCGGCGGCGGCGGCGGCCCGGCGGGCGGAGCGGCGCGGAUAUGGCAGCGCGCGGCCGGCGCGCCUGGCUCAGCGUGCUGCUUGGGCUCGUGCUGGGCUUCGUGCUGGCGUCGCGGCUCGUCCUGCCCCGCGCCUCCGAGCUGAAGCGAGUGGGCCCGCGGCGCCGUGCCAGCCCCGAGGGCUGCCGGCCCGGGCAGGCGGCGGCUUCCCAAGCCGGCGGGGCGCGGGGCGAUGCGCGCGGGGCGCAGCUCUGGCCUCACGGCACGGCCCCGGAUGGCGGCCAGCGAGACAAGAACUUUCUCUUCGUGGGAGUGAUGACCGCCCAGAAAUACCUGCAGACCCGGGCCGUGGCCGUCUACAGAACGUGGUCCAAGACAAUUCCUGGGAAAGUUGAAUUCUUCUCCAGCGAGGGCUCGGACACGUCCAUCCCCAUCCCCAUAGUGCCACUGCGGGGCGUGGACGACUCCUACCCGCCCCAGAAGAAGUCCUUCAUGAUGCUCAAGUACAUGCAUGACCACUAUCUGGACAAGUACGAAUGGUUCAUGAGAGCGGACGACGACGUGUACAUCAAAGGGGACCGGCUGGAGAAUUUCCUGAGGAGCCUGAACAGCAGCGAACCCCUCUUCCUCGGGCAGACGGGCCUGGGCACCACGGAGGAGAUGGGGAAGCUGGCCCUGGAGCCCGGGGAGAACUUCUGCAUGGGGGGGCCCGGAGUGAUCAUGAGCCGGGAGGUGCUCCGCAGGAUGGUCCCGCACAUCGGGAAGUGUCUGCGCGAGAUGUACACCACCCACGAGGACGUCGAGGUGGGCAGGUGCGUCCGCCGGUUCGCCGGGGUGCAGUGCGUCUGGUCCUACGAGAUGCAGCAGCUGUUCUACGAGAACUACGAGCAGAACAAAAAGGGCUACAUCCGAGACCUGCACAACAGCAAGAUCCACCGGGCCAUCACGCUGCACCCCAACAAGAGCCCGCCCUACCAGUACCGGCUCCACAGCUACGUGCUCAGCCGCAAGAUCGCCGAGCUGCGCCACCGCACCAUCCAGCUGCACCGCGAGGUCGUCCUGAUGAGCAAGUACAGCAACACGGACACGCACAAGGAGGACCUCCAGCUCGGGGUGCCCCCUUCCUUCAUGAGGUUCCAGCCGCGCCAGCGCGAGGAGAUCCUGGAGUGGGAGUUCCUGACGGGGAAGCACCUGUACUCGGCCGUGGACGGCCAGCCCCCUCGCAGAGGGAUGGACUCCGCGCAGCGGGAGGCCCUGGACGACAUCGUCAUGCAGGUCAUGGAGAUGAUCAACGCCAACGCCAAGACCCGGGGCCGCGUCAUCGACUUCAAGGAGAUCCAGUACGGCUACCGCCGCGUGAACCCCACGUACGGGGCCGAGUACAUCCUGGACCUGCUGCUGCUGUACAAGAAGCACAAGGGGAAGAAGGUGACGGUGCCCGUGCGGCGGCACGCCUACCUCCAGCAGACCUUCAGCAAGAUCCAGUUCGUGGAGCACGAGGCGCUGGACGCGGCGGAGCUGGCCCGCCAGAUCAACCAGGAGUCCGGCUCCCUGUCCUUCCUCUCCAACUCCCUGAAGAAGCUCGUGCCCUUCCAGCUCCCCGGCGCCAGGAGCGAGCGCAGGGAGGCCAAGGAGCCAAAGGUCAACAUCCUCAUCCCCCUGUCGGGGCGCUUCGACAUGUUCGUGAGGUUCAUGGGGAACUUCGAGAAGGCCUGCCUCAUUCCCAACCAGAACGUGAAGCUGGUGGUGCUGCUGUUCAACUCGGACUCCAACCCCGACAAGGCCAAGCAGGUGGAGCUCAUGAGGGACUACCGCAGCAAGUACCCGAAGGCCGACAUGCAGAUCCUGCCCGUGUCCGGCGAGUUCUCCAGGGCCCUGGCCCUGGAGGUGGGGUCGUCCCAGUUCCGCAACGAGUCCCUGCUCUUCUUCUGCGACGUCGACCUGGUCUUCACGGCCGAGUUCCUGCAGCGCUGUCGGGCCAACACGGUGCUGGGCCAGCAGAUCUACUUUCCCAUCAUCUUCAGCCAGUACGACCCAAAGAUUGUGUACAGCGGGAAAGCCCCCAGCGAGAACCACUUCGCCUUCACCCAGAAAACGGGCUUCUGGAGGAACUACGGGUUCGGCAUCACUUGUAUCUAUAAGGGGGACCUGGUCCGCGUGGGCGGCUUCGACGUCUCCAUCCAGGGCUGGGGGCUGGAGGACGUGGACCUUUUCAACAAGGUGGUCCAGGCGGGUCUGAAGACGUUCAGGAGCCAGGAGGUGGGCGUUGUGCACGUCCACCACCCCGUCUUCUGUGACCCCAGCCUGGACCCCAAGCAGUACAAGAUGUGCGUGGGGUCCAAGGCCUCCACCUACGGGUCCACGCGGCAGCUGGCCGAGCUGUGGCUGGAGAAGAACGACCCGGGUUACAGCCGGCGCAGCAGCACCAACGGCUCGGCGAGGACAGGCUGACCCGGCCCCGCCGGAGGGGGCGUUUUUAAUUACCUAAUUUAUUUUGCAGAAAUCGUUUUGUACGGUCCGUUUUGGAAGCCCCGCACAGCGGGGCGUGUUUUACACGUGACUUUCUUACCAAGGACUCCUCCUGGGGAUGAGCUUUUUCGAACAACAGCAAUGUGAUCCUGUUUGCCUUCGAACACACGUUCCUUCCCGAACCUGCCGUAGCAGACCCGCCUGGCCGCGACCCGCUGCACCCCAGACGCAGGCGGCGUGGCUUCGUGCCGGGCGCAUGGCUUCGCCAGCCCCCGCUGUUGCCGCGGUUGGAGGGCAGGCAACAGGAGUCCCUGCAAAGUAUUACUGCAGCAAAGCAGUGUCUUGCUGUAACUCUUAGCAAUGCACAGUCUCUACCUUCUGUCCGUUUUUACAGUGAUUCUGUUUAAGCCAUUGUGCGGUCCGGUGGUGAGGUGCAGAGGUGUGACGGUAGUCGGGUCCGCCUGCCUCCUCGGGAGAGCUGUCCGGAGGUUUGAAAAGCACAGGGAACAAGGAGGCCCCGUGAGGUGACGUGGCCGUUCUGGGACUCGUGUGGUCUGUGCAGACCUGGCAUUCAGCUCCAAGAAGGAUUUGGUAUUUUACCCCCUCCUGGCCCUUCUCUUUUCAAGGGUAAAAAAAUAUUAAUCUUUUGAAUGGCAGAGAAGAAUUAAGGUAAUAAAUCUGAUGUACACAAACUAAAGCAAAAAAAACCCCACACAUACCCUGCCCCCCCCCCCAUGAAAGUAUUGGGAAAAAAACGCGUUUGCUUUUUCUUCUCUUCAUCCUGUGUUACCUGGGUGGCGAUAGCCCUUUCCAUCUUUAAUUACCGUCUGUUUCAUCCUUCGCGUCUGAAAUACCUUUAAUUUAUUUAAUAUUCGUUGUCUAGAGAGCCGCCGUUCCUCAAGUACCCGUUAGUGGUUAGUAUUUAUGUGCAUCGGGAGUGUGUUUAGUGUGCUUUAUUUGCAGUAAACUGAUCUCCAAAGAUUUCCUUCUGAAAACACUCCCCCCGCCCCCCCUCCGUUUUUUACAUUCCUUACUGUUAUACUAAAUAUUAAGUGUUCUUUGACAAUUUUGGUGCUCACAUGUCUUAGGAACAAAAGUGAAAUGAACCUUUCAUGAUACCAGAAAGUUUGUUUUAAACUCACGGAUCAAAUGUGCCUUAAUAAAAAAAAAAUUUUUUUUUUUUCAUUUAGAUUUCAAACGGUCAUAGACUUGCCAUGUUAAUAUCCAUCAUUGGAGAUCUGCUCAUUUGUAAAUAGCCUGUUGCUCAUUUGGAAAAAUAAACCAGUGAACAGUA